AUGGUCCAAAUCUCUAAAAAACGUGUUCGUAGAAACACAAUUGUUUUAGAUAGUGGCUUAAAUUCGGUUAUAACUGCAUUACCGCCUGGUAAUACAGUAUCAACUACUAGCUCUCAAAAUGGUUUGAGUGCAGAUCUCACUCCUGUGAUACAGGUGAAAGAUGUUCUGUUAGAGAACUCUGAGUUCUGUAAACUAAACCUCCUUUUGAAAGAUAUGCAGAGGCAAGUAAGUGAAAUUCAGAAAAAAUUAGAUCAGUUUGAUAGUAUGUCACUGCCAAUCUCAAAUACCACGGAGAGCCGUUCUGAUAUUGGCCAGGUUAAGUGUUUACUGGAUGUAACUCAAAAUAAGCUUUUGAAUUUAGACCCAAUAGCCUGUCUUUUAGAAAGGCAUCCUAAAAUAUCUCCAGACAACCUAAAUAAAGCUGAAAAUCUGAUUGACUGCUUGGCUACGGAGGUGAUGAAGCGUAUAACCUCUUCUCACCAAGCUAUAGUUUACAACGUCCCAGAUUCUCUGCCCCUGAAAACUGUAAGACACAAAAUCCUGAUUUGUUGCGGCAUGGCUAGUGUUCCAUGUGAAUGCAAACGACUUCGUAAAAAGUCUAACCAGGCUAAUUGCCCAAUCAUUUUUAAAUUCAGUAAUUCCCUUGAUGCUAGUAAGUUUACUAAAUGUCAGGAUCACUUAAGACUGAAUAGCAGUUAUAAGUCUAUAACCGUAGCUCAGGAUAAAACACCGUGUCAGCGCAGAAUAAUGCGUAGUAAUAACCUGGUCACCUCCUCUAGCUUUGAUUUACCAAAUAAGGAUCGUGCACAGCAACAGACACCUAGUGCUGAAACUAGCAUUCAGCAAACUACACAACAACCACACCUGCCAAUGGAACUAGGAACUGAUUUAGAUACCAGUACCCCUGUAAACAAAGCCUCAUCGAAAGAUGUUAAAAUGACUAGAACUUCUGCAAGUUGUUCUAAGAAAUUUCCCCCCAAACGUAGUAACCUCACCACGAUGAACAAAUUUCGCAGGGUUGAGACUAAUGAUGGGGAAGAAUACUUUGUAUUCAAUAAGCCUGCUGAGAGUAAGAAUGCCAACAAACCAUCACUUGUUACGAAAAACUCCUCUCGAAACAUAAGUAUAUCUGGAGGUGUUCCGCAUGCUCCACCUUAUAGAAAGUCAGGCUCCAAGACUCCUAAAGUCUUGCAGCCAAAGCACCUUCCUUCACAAUUCCCUUUAAGUUAUAAAAACAACCCGAAGGUGUAUACCGGUAUGACGAAUAGCAGUUGGAUGGGUAGACCUUUGAUGCUAUGCCUUUUAACCGUCAACCUAGGCCCAACCUGUACUACCCUUAUAUCCAGGAACACAUGGUAA